CUUGUUCUUCUUUCAAUUAACCCCACCACCACUACCACCACCUAUGGCGGAAUCCUCCGAGCCACCGUCGCAUCGGCAGAAACCAACCACCGGCGAUGACGACAGAAUCAGCCACCUCCCCGAUGUGCUCCUCCUCCAAAUCCUCUCCCUCCUCCCCACCAAGCAGGUCGUCAUCACCGGCAUUCUCUCCAAGCGGUGGCGUCCGCUCUGGCCCGCCGUCUCGGUCCUCGACUUCGACGACGAGUCCUCCCCGGAGUUCCACCAUCCCGGAGGUCUCACUGGCUUCGCCGAAUUCGUCUACUCCGUGCUCCUCCUCCACGACGCGCCCGCCAUCGAGCGCUUCCGCCUUCGCUGCGCCAACCCUAACUACUCCGCGCGCGACAUCGCCACUUGGCUGUGUCACGUGGCGCGCCGCCGCGCCGAGCGCGUGGAGCUCUCCCUCUCGCUCUCGCGCUACGUGGCGCUCCCGCGCUGCCUCUUCCACUGCGACACUGUCUCGGUCAUGAAGCUCAACGGCGUGUUCCUCAACGCGCUCGCUUCUUUCUCCGUCUCUUUGCCUCUGCUGAAGGUUCUGCAUGUCGGGGAUAGGGUUCUGUUUGGUUGUCACGAUUAUGUGGUGAAGCUUCUCGCUGGGUGCCCCGCGCUCGAGGACUUGGUGCUCGAAUCAACCUACAACGAUGCCUGCGGAGGUGUCGUUUGCGCCGAGGGGAACUUUCAGCUGGAUUUGAAGCACUUGUCCAGUGCCAAAAUUGGGUUUUCUUGGAAGGAGAGGUGCCUCAAGUCCAUGCUUUUGAUUUUCCGAGCGCUCUCUAACGUUCGAUGCCUCUCGCUUUCGACCUCCACGGUUGCGUGUCUGAAGCAUGCUUCUACCAGUGAUAUUCCAGUGUUUGACAAAUUAAUCCAGCUGGAAAUUUCAUUCGGAAACUAUUCAUGGGAUUUGUUAGCAAGCUUGCUUCAACGUUCCCACAAGCUUGAAGUUCUUACAAUUUAUAAGGAACCACAAAAAUAUGCAAAGGGACAAGAGCCAAGAUGGAUCCAUCCACUGCUUGUUCCUGAAUGCCUUUUACAUCUCAAAACAUUCUGCCUAAGAGAGUAUCAAGGAUUGGAAACUGAGCUGGAUUUUGUAGGGUAUAUUAUGCAAAAUGCCAGAGUGUUAGAGACAAUGACAAUCUACAUAUCAAGUUCCUUAGGUUCAGAGGAAAAGCUCCAAAUUCGCAGGCAUUUAUCUAUACUUCAAAGGAACUUUGAAACCUGUCAAAUUGUAUUCCAUUGAAUCUUAUGUCUUCAAGAGAAGAAAACAAGUACCAGCGGUUUCAAGUGCAGAAAUCAUUCGUAUAGAGAUGCUAUGCAGCAAUUUGUAGUCAUCAAAAGUUGAUGGAAUCCUAUUUUGAUCUGAACAGCAUAAUGUUUGAAGGCCUUCCUUUUAGUUACUAAUACUUUAUAGUGUAUUUCUUUUGUUAUUGGGAAUACUUCUAGUUGGUCUAGCAAGAAGCAAAACACUUGGCUAACUAAGGUUCAUUAUAGGCUGUGUAACAUAGAUACUUGUCCACCUGAGGAAGUCAUCCUUACAUACUUACUUUGAGGGGUAUUUUUUUGCAUACUUCAAAGUUCAGAGCAGCUUUCUCUUGAGAAAUUAUCUGACUGCUCUGCAACAUUUCGUGUAAAGCCUGUACAACAUUUGAUCAUGGUAUGUGACCAAGUCAGCUGUUUUGUGUUGGUUAAUUUCUGACAUUUAACAUUGUAAUAGUGAUGAAUAUAACUGAGUUUUCUUAGUACAAAAGUAACUUCAAAUGAGUUGUAGAAAUAAGGUAGUCUAUGGGGAA